AUGGACACGAUAGUGCCCAUGACAUGCACCAUGUCAUGGGCGCUGGGUAUCAGAAACGUGUCAAAAAAUACUCUGCAUACCCAGGACAACCAACAUGAGGUGACAGCACCCAUGCCACGUACACGUGGAAUUGGAAACAGUAUGGCACCAUGGCGUUAG